AUGCUUCUCAUCACUUGCUUCGUCUUUGGCCUUUUGGGCAGCCUUACCUGGGCAGAUGAUCCAAAGGCUCGGACUGCCUGUCCUUCUGGAAGCUUUGCCAAUAAAGAGCAGAGCCAGUGGUAUUGCUACAAGUUCUAUGAAGACCUGUUCACCUUUCAAGAAGCUGAGGAAGAGUGUCAGUUCAAAUGCAAAGGUCAUUUAGCAUCUUUCACAAGUGACACCCAAGCAAAAUACGUCAACGCCUACAUCGUUAAAGAAAACAUAGGGAAGAAUUGGAUCUGGAUUGGGCUCCAACGACUUUCGACAUCCAAUAUCCUUACUGGAUGGCGCUGGAAUGAUGGGACACGAUCCAGGUAUACCAGAUGGCGCGCUGGAGACCCCAACAAUAUGUUUACAGAUGAGUUUUGCGUUGCUCUCUCUCCUCAGACUGAGCGCUUGGAAUGGGUUGAUAUAGACUGUAAUAAGAAACUUUCAUUUAUCUGCAAAUGGACUCCCGCUUAA